UUCACUCACUCCACCAUGUCCACAAUUGUCGACGCCCGCCCGCGCGGCAACUACGUCCCCGUCGACUGUCCCGAAUGCGCGUCUCCGCAAGAGUACCAGGUCCCACCAACGUAUAUUGGCGGCUUGCGUGUGCGCUGCUCGGCGUGCAAGGCGCUGUUUGCGCACGAUGCCGCGCGGCGCAGCGCGAACGCGUCGCCCAACCCCCCGCCUAAGCCCUCCACCAAGCGCCGCGGGAUCGGCACCGACGCCAACCCUAUCGACAUGGCGUACUAUGAUGUCCUGGGGCUGGAGGCGACCGCAACGACCGAGCAGAUCAAGAAGGCGUAUCGCCGCCUCGCCAUCAAGCUGCACCCGGACAAGAACCGCGAUGACCCCGACGCCGAGGAGAAGUUCAAGCAGAUCAGCGUUGCGUACCAGGUCCUGUCCGACCCAAAAACGCGCAAGCAGUACAACGAGUUUGGGCAAAAGAAUGGCGGCGGCGGCGCCGAGGAGGCUCAGAUCGACCCCGAGGAGGUCUUUGGCCAGAUGUUCGGAGGCACCCGCUUCGAGGACCUUAUCGGGACGAUCAGCAUUGGCAAGGACAUGAAGAAUGUGUUCCAGCAGCAGCACGAGGAGGAGGAGGACGAUGUCGUGAUGGUUAAUGGCAAGCCGCAGCUGAGCCCGCAGGCUCAGGCGAGGAGGGCAGAGCGAGAGCGCCAACAGAAUGAGGAAAAGGCACGGGAGCGUGCCGAGCGCGUCGAGAAGCUCUCGGCCAACCUCGUGCGCAAGCUCAGCAUCUUCACGGAGGCCGCCAAGGGGCCAGACGACCCGCAGGUUGGGCCGAGCUUCAAGGAGAUCUGCCGCCUCGAAGCCGAGGACCUGAAGGAGGAAAGCUACGGCGUGGACCUGCUCCACUCGAUCGGGCAAACGUACAAGACGCGAUCGGCGCAGUACUUGGCAUCCGCUCAGUUCGCCCCAUUGGGUUGGUUUCAUGGCGCGAAGAACACGUUCAACGCCGUGUCCGAGGCUGUGUCGACUGUACGCUCUGCACUCGAGCUCAAGAGCGUCUUCGAGAAGUUGCAGGCAGCAGAGCAGUCGGGGGUGUCGCCCGAGGAGCUGCGCAAGCUCGAAGAACAAGCAGCCGAGCAAGGCGUCCGCACGCUGUGGAAGGGCGCGAAGAUGGAGGUUGAGAGCGUGAUCCGCGAGACGUGCGACAAGGUUCUGGGGGAUCCAAACGUGUCGCGCGAGAAGCGCGAGCUGCGUGCCGCCGCGCUGGGGCUGAUGGGUGAUGCAUUCCUUAGUGUCCGCGCUGGCGAGUCGGGGCCAUCGGACGAGUUCGUUCGCAUUGAGACCGCUGCAAGCAAGCAGCGUGACGCCGCACGUGCAGGUGAGAAGCCCGAGGUGCCGCCGCGCCCAUACACUGCGCGCCAGCCGCGCGGCGGAGCACGUGCUCAGCACCCACCGCCCGUGCCCGAGCGGCCUUGACACCUAGGACUAAAGGCCAGUAGACUGUCGUCGCCUUGUCUCGAUGACGCGUACAUGUAGAGGAGCUCAUAGUCAUACAUAUGAUUUUGGCACCACAUUAGCCUACAUCCUCCAUCA